AGCGAUUUCUUGCAGGCAGGCGCUGGCUGGGCAGUGAUGGCGGACGAUGGGGAUGGAAAGCUAAGGACUGAAGGAGGCGGCGGAAGCAGUGGCAGCGGUAUCUCGGAGGAGGCGGCGGCGUCGGCGGCCGCCGUCGGGAGCUGGCUCGGGGGAAGCUGGCUUGACAUGCUGCUGAGCUUGACGGCGCUGCUGAUCGCGGCGUUUCUGGCCUAUCAGCUCUACAAGCGCUGGGGCAAAAGGAGCGGAGCGGGGGGCGCGACGCUGCAAAGCCAGGCCGAUUCCCUGCCCCGUAUGAAGCGGCGGGACUUCACGCUGGAGCAGCUGCGCGAGUACGACGGCGAGCGCAUGCCCCACAUCCUCCUGGCUGUCAACGGCAAAGUCUUCGACGUGACCAAAGGAAGCAAAUUCUACGGGCCCGAGGGUCCUUAUGGAAUAUUUGCUGGCAGAGAUGCCUCAAGGGGACUAGCAACUUUCUGUCUAGAAAAAGAUGCACUCAAAGAUGAAUAUGAUGACCUAUCAGACUUAAAUGCUGUACAAAUGGAAAGUGUUAGAGAAUGGGAAAUGCAAUUUAAAGAAAAAUAUGACUACGUAGGUAGACUCCUAAAGCCAGGAGAGGAACCAUCAGAAUAUACAGAUGAGGAAGAUACCAAGGAUCACACUAAACAGGACUGAACUUUGUAAAUCACCAAAGUCAGGGGCCUUUGGAACUGCAAUCUUAUUCCCCAUCACAGAAUCCCCUGUGUCUUCGGAUAUAAUCAUCUGCUGUAGAAAACAACUUGAUGGGUUUUGUACAAGAACAUCAUUCUCCAUGAAGAUUUGAUUACUAGGCAUUAUUUGUGCUGCCAAACUUUUGUUGUUGCAGUUUAACUGUAAUGUCUGGAAAAGCUUCAUUACUAAAAUGGGGCCAGGGAUUUAAAGUGCAAAGAAAGCUAUCCCUAUUAGCAUGUUCAAGCCUUUGAACAGUUUAUUUACAAGCUUAGGAGUUUCAUAUGUCAUUUUCACUCCUUUGGCACUAAAUGGAAAACCUAAUUCUUUUAAGGGAUCCCAGGUAAAUUUGGCUACCAAAAUAUUCUAAAUGGGAAUACUGAAACUAGUUUGUUGGCCAUUGGUUUCCAUGGCAGAAAGAUACUUCUGCAGAUCACAUGGUUUCAGAUAGAUGCUCCUGAAGGCUACAGGAAAAUUUCACUGCAGAAGCUGUAAUCUGAAAUCUGCCUUUUCCUUCCCCUCAAUCAAAUCAAAUAAUUGUGCCUUAUUUCACAUAGAGACUUGAAUUGUUUUAAGGGAAAACCCAAAGUGACUCAAGUCACUAAAAGCAGCAUUGAGGACUGGUUAGAACUUUGUUGACUGGAAAACAUUGAUGUCAUUCUGUAUAUAGAAUGUAAAGGAAAAACUCAGUGUUACUGCCAUAUAUAUAUAUGUUAAUAUACAUAAACUUAAUUAGCAGUGUAAUGGCCAAAUGCAUUCCCCUUUGCUUUUUAAAUGAAAACACCUCUUCCCUUUUCCAUUUUCAGGGAGCUUCCUAAAUUUAAGGAAUCCAGCCUCUUAUCUUUUUGAAGUGAAGGGUGUGCAUGGGUGUGGGUGCUCAAGUGCAAGAAAUGGGACGAGAGUUCCUGCAGAUACUGUAAAUACGAAUACCAUUUUAAUAAAGCAUGUAAAAUACUGAAUGUGCUGUCAGAGUUUAUGUAGAUGCUGUUAAGGUAGUAUUGGUGGCCAGGACUAUGUGUAUGACGAAAAAAAUAUUGGGAUAUAAUAUUUUUGCAUUGCAAUUAAAGAAAGCUUUACCCAGCUAAUUUUUUUUU